UAUAUAUAGAUAGAUAAUUCUUACUACGAACGAAGAAAUAAUAUUAUAUUUGAUUCGGUGACAUUGAUUAUAAUAACAGUCAAAUGACAUUCGUCAGCUUAAACUCAUGUUUCCUUAAAAGCAAUACUGAAGAGCAGUAUCAGAGACUUUAUCUGUCUAGCAUCAAAUUUAUGCUAAUUCAGAGCGAGGAUAUCGAAUAACGAGGAGUAAGAAAGGCGGAGAACAGAAGAACAAGAAGUAAAAUAGUUGAGACCUAGAUCGAGACCUCAGGUAGUCUGCACUGAUUCUAAAACCUGUUUCUCUGGUGUACUAUUCUCUCUCUUUCGAAAAUUAUAAUUCGACGACUUCGAUACAAAGUGUGCACGUGCAAUAUUUGUAUAAGAUUAUAUUUACGUCAACAAAUAAAUAUAAUAGUUAUGUAUGCGCGAGUGAAACUGUGCGGAGAAAGAGAGAUAAUAAAGCAAUUAUGUUCUCGAUCGUUCUCGAUUAACUCAUGUCACUUUGAUACCAAUAAACCAAAGCCUUUUAAAGAUAUUCCAGGACCGAAAUCCCUGCCUGUUAUUGGCACGUUAUAUAAAUAUCUACCUUACAUCGGUGAAUACAGUUUUACUGUGUUACAUACAAACGGUAUCUUGAGAUUAAAACGUUACGGACCUCUUGUUCGUGAGGAAAUAUUAGGUCAGCCGAUAAUAUAUGUCUAUCGACCGGAAGACAUCGCGGAAAUUUUCAAAGCCGAAACAGGUCUGCAUCCUGAAAGACGAUCGCACUUGGCUCUUCUCAAAUAUCGAAAAGACAGGAAUAAUGUCUAUAAUACCGGGGGUCUUUUACCUACAAAUGGCAUUGAAUGGUGGAGAUUGCGCCGCGAAUUUCAGAAGGUUCUGAGCAAACCAAGCAGUGUCAUCGAUUAUUUACAAGAUACUGACGCAGUUGUACAGGAGUUCGUACAGCUGUGUUCUCGUGAGAAACCCAACGACUUUCUACAUUUAUUCUCACGUCUCUUUCUCGAAUUGACAUGUCUCGUGGCUUUCGAUGUAAAGAUGGAGAGUCUAUCAGAAAAAGAAAAACAUCCGCAUUCUCGAAGUUCAAGACUAAUCGAUGCAGCAUUUAUAACAAACAGUGUAACUUUAAAAUUGGAUAAUAGCCUAAUGCUCUGGCGAUUUUUCGAAACACCAUUAUAUAAAAAAUUAUGCAAAGCGCAAAAUUAUAUGGAAGAAGUAGCAUUGCAAAUGGUUAUUCAGAGAAAUCAAAAUGCACUGAUACAUCGAAAGCAAUCUCUCUUAGAAGAAUAUCUAAAGAAUGAGGCUUUAGAUAUCAAAGAUAUUGUAGGUAUGGCAUGUGACAUGUUACUCGCUGGCGUAGAGACUUCAACAUACACCACGUCAUUUAUCCUCUAUCAUCUUGCAAGAAAUAUAGAUGUUCAAGAAAAGUUGAGAUCAGAAGCUAUGGCUUUGUUAUUGGAUCCUACUUCCCCAAUAACGGCAGAAACUUUGAGAAAUGCAACGUACACCAAAGCCGUAAUAAAAGAAACUUUUAGGCUGAAUCCAAUUUCUGUAGGGAUUGGUCGUAUCCUACAAACUGAUGUAAUCCUCAGCGGAUAUCACAUUCCCAAAGGAACUGUGGCCGUCACGCAAAAUCAAAUCAUUUCUCGACUUCCCGAAUAUUUCAAUGAACCCGAUUCGUUCAUACCAGAAAGAUGGUUGCGCAAUAAUGAUAGGAUAAAUAAGCUGGGAGAAAAACCUAUUGAUCCAUAUAUUGUAUUACCUUUUGGUCAUGGUCCGCGGUCGUGCAUUGCCAGACGAUUUGCAGAACAAAACAUGCAAGUUGUUUUACUUCGGAUUUGCAGAAAUCUACGGUUUACAUGGUGUGGAGGAUCUCUCAAUACGGUUUCAUUACUAAUCAACAAACCUGAUGCGCCAAUUAAAUUAAAAUUUGAAAAAUUAUAUGAAUAAAAUGUGAAUUAGAAUCACAAUAAUUGAGAAUCUUCAGAAAAUCUUCAGAAAAGAUAUAUCCGAAAACAGAUAUUUGUUAUAUAUUUAUUUGAUAGCAGAAUUGCCUCUUGAUUUAUUCAAUACAGUAAUAGAUAAUAAUUACAAGUAUAUGUAAAGGAUGAUAAUAACUUAUCAAAUACGAAAACUAAACG